AACGUGACAUACCUAUGCCAUAAUUUUAAUUCAUAUUCAGAUGUGUCAGGCUACAGGAAUGGAGGUGUUUUUCUAUUUUGCCUAUGGCAGCAACCUGCUUAGUAAUAGGAUUCACAUUAAGAAUCCUUCGGCCGUGUAUUAUGGUCCCGCCAAAUUGCCGGACUUCAGACUGGAUUUCGGCAUGCAGAUGCAGUCGUGGAGCGGAGCCGUGUCGACCAUUGUGCCGGACACAAACGCCACUGUAUGGGGCAAUCUCUGGUUGAUAGAUAUUGACAAAAUGAAAUAUCUAGACAAGCAAGAAGGUGUGGACCGCAAGUACUACUUUGCUAAGAACGUGACGGUGUCGAGAGGUGACGGAUAUGAGAUAGUAGCCCGCACCUACAUCCUAACCCACAACCCUGCGAAGCUAAGCCCAGGGCAAGUUCUCCCCGAAAUCAGGCGCCCGUCUGAUACAUAUAUGAAGGUAAUCAUUCUCGGUGCGGUUGAAAGCGGACUACCUGCUCGCUAUGUGAAUUAUCUGAAAACUUUUCCAACAAACAAUAAAAAGGCACCAAAGGACAUGCUUAAGACUCUUGGAACGGUGACACUAGUAAAUAAAAAGGUCUACAAAUUCGACUAAUAUACAAAAUAAUUAUUUAA